UGUCUACUGCAAAUCGUGUCAUGUGAAGCACUUUGGUCCGACAGGAGUUGGGUUAUGGUGGAGGAGCCGGUGCCUUAGCAUGGAGGGUGGCACCAAGCAACCACAGAAAACGUGGAGUGGAGGUUCCGGAGGAUCCACGGGUGGUAGUUUUGGGGGAGGUGAUAGAUGUCCACGAUGUGGUAAAGCAGUGUAUAUGGCUGAAAAAAUCAUUGGUGCUGGAGAGUCUUGGCAUAAAGUUUGUUUUACCUGUGCCAUAUGUGGGAAGAGUUUGGAUUCAACUACGUGCACCGACAGAGAAGGUGAAGUUUUCUGUAAAGCUUGCUAUGGUAAAGAGUUCGGCCCUAAAGGAGUUGGAUUUGGUCAGGGUGCAGGUUCCUUAUCUCAUGCUAAUUAAACAUGUGAAUGUCACCUGAUGGGUCACCUGACUUUAAAGCAUUCUAUCCAAUCUGUGCAUUGGAAACAUUAUAAGUAGUUGUAUAUGUAGUUCAAUUGCAGUAAGCAACUAAACCAUUCUGUCUUUCAUUACACUGUGUAGAAGAAUGAAGAUGUAAUUCUUUGUUCCAACAUAGUGGAUGGUGUGGGUGCUCUUCUAUAGUUAAGGUAUACAGGUAUACAAGUAUGUGUCGUCAUCUAGUAUGGUGUUGUUUUUGAGAACCUGAAAUUGUGUAUUUUUAAGAAAAAUAAAGAUAAAAUGAAAACUUACACAUGGCACCUCACUACCAGAGGUGAGAAAUACCAACUCCCAUCAGCAUUUAACUUUCUGAAGUAAACACAUAUUUAUAUCUUUACAAUAAUGUUGUCACCACAGAUGACACUUGUUAUUGAAUUGUUUUACAGUAUUUUAUUUCCAAGAUCAUGACCAAUUCUCUGAAUAUAACACUACACAUCAUCCAAUCAUGUGAUUGGUCUUGUAUCUAUUUACAAUAUUUUCACCAUUGACAUUGUUCUGCAUAAUUAAGUGCCUGUACCUGAUUGAGUAUUUAAUAUUUUUAGAAUUGUACAAUCUGACUCAUUUAGAGUCUGGG